GAGAGAGAGAGAGAGAGAGACAAAGGAGGAAAGAGCAGGAGAUCACAAUAAGAAGGAGAGCUACCCCUACCAUACUCUCUUUCUGUUUAUUGUUUUUUUCUCUCUUCUCUCUUCCUUGCUCUUGGCACUGCCUUAACAACAUUGCUCACAUACAGACCAAACAUUCUCUUCCCAGAUUUUUCUGCCACCAUGUUUUCAUUAAAUGGGAGCAGCACUCGGAACAAUCCUCUUUAUGGGGUGUCCAAAAGCUUGACACAAUCUGCGCAAAAACAUAAAUCAGCUCCGCCAUUGGUGGUGGCUGCUGUGAGCUCAAAUGCCAGGCCAAGAGAUGGAAACGUCCUUGCAGUGGAAAAUACUUUGAAGGAGAUGACAGCAAAUCCUCCGUCAACAUCAUCAUCGGGGAUUGCGAAAGAUUCAAGUUCCUCCGUUGCUGGUGGUGUGGAAGAUGUGUACGGUGAGGAUACCGCCACGGAGGAUCAGUUCAUUACUCCCUGGACUGUCAGUGUUGCCAGUGGGUAUCCAUUGUUGCGCGAUCCCCGCUACAAUAAAGGCCUUGCCUUUAGUGACAAAGAGAGGGAUGCUCACUUUUUACGUGGUCUACUUCCUCCAGAGGUUAUCAGCCAAGACCUCCAGGUUAAGAAAAUGAUGCACAAUAUGCGCCAAUACCAAGUACCACUGCAAAGGUACAUGGCAAUGAUGGAUCUUCAGGAGAGAAAUGAACGUCUGUUCUACAAGCUUCUCAUUGACAAUGUUGAGGAGCUACUUCCAGUUGUCUACACUCCAACUGUGGGUGAAGCAUGCCAAAAGUACGGGAGCAUUUUCCGGCAACCCCAGGGUCUGUUUAUCAGUCUGAAAGAAAAGGGGAAAAUCCUUGAGGUAUUGAAAAAUUGGCCUGAGAAGAAGAUUCAAGUUAUUGUCGUGACAGAUGGAGAGCGGAUCUUGGGACUUGGGGACCUUGGAUGCCAGGGAAUGGGGAUACCUGUUGGAAAGCUUUCUUUAUAUACAGCUCUUGGUGGCAUCCGUCCUUCUGCUUGCUUGCCUGUGACAAUUGAUGUCGGUACAAAUAACGAGCAGCUGUUACAUGAUGAAUUUUACAUUGGGCUCAGAAGAAAAAGAGCUACAGGGCAGGAGUAUGCUGAGCUUAUGGAUGAGUUCAUGUCUGCAGUUAAGCAGAAUUAUGGAGAGAAAGUCCUUAUUCAGUUUGAAGACUUCGCAAAUCACAAUGCUUUCGAUCUCCUAGAGAAGUAUGGAUCUACACAUCUUGUUUUCAAUGAUGAUAUUCAGGGUACUGCAUCUGUGGUCCUAGCAGGGCUUAUGGCUGCACUUAAUUUAGUAGCGGGGACCUUGGCUGAACACAGAUUCUUAUUCCUUGGAGCUGGAGAGGCUGGCACUGGUAUUGCUGAACUCAUAGCACUUGAAAUGUCAAAGCAGACGGGUGCCCCAUUGGAAGAGACUCGUAAGAAGAUUUGGCUUGUGGACUCAAAAGGGCUGAUUGUUAGGUCCCGUAUGGACUCACUUCAACAUUUUAAGAGGCCCUGGGCCCAUGAACAUGAACCUGUCAAAAACUUGCUAGAUGCUGUGAAGGCUAUUAGACCAACAGUAUUAAUUGGAUCAUCAGGAGCAGGCAGAACUUUUACAAAAGAAGUUGUUGAGGCCAUGGCAUCCUAUAACGAGAAACCUGUUAUUCUUGCCCUCUCCAACCCAACCUCACAGUCCGAGUGUACUGCUGAGGAAGCCUAUAAAUGGAGCCAGGGCCGAGCCAUUUUUGCCAGUGGGAGCCCAUUUGCUCCUGUUGAAUAUAACGGCAAACUUUACGCUUCAGGCCAGGCAAAUAACGCUUACAUCUUUCCUGGAUUUGGCCUCGGUUUGAUAAUUUCUGGUGCAAUACGUGUCCAUGAUGACAUGCUUCUCGCAGCCUCGGAAGCAUUAGCCACACAGGUUAGCCAAGAGAACCUCAAUAACGGACUCAUAUAUCCACCAUUUGCAAACAUCAGAAAGAUUUCAGCCCACAUUGCAGCCAGAGUAGCAGCUAAAGCAUACGAGCUUGGCCUGGCGACCCGUCUACCGCAACCAAGAAAUCUCGUAGAAUAUGCAGAAAGCUGUAUGUACAGCCCCAAUUACCAUAACUAUCGUUGAACCAGUUCAAGAAGACAUAGAUAUUGUCAUUCCCCUGGUUUAGUGGCCACAUUUUUCGCCUUCAGUUUUCUCAUGUUUUCUGGUCCUAACCUUCGUUUCUUACAGUUUUCUUGUACUUACAGAUUCACGAAUCGUUUGCAGACGCUAUAAGGUGGUUGAAUGUAAAAUGUAGUUGAAUCCCGAAUGAUUGGGUAGUGAACUCCUACACAGUUAUUAUUA